AUGUUACUAUCUCAGCUACCCAGUUAUAUGUUGCUAUCUUUGCUACCAAGUUAUCUGCUGCUAUCUCUGUUACCCGUUUAUAUGUUGCUAUCUCUGCUACGAGGUUGUAUGUUGCUAUCUCUUCUACCGAAUUAUAUGUUGCUAUCUCUGCUACCCGUUUAUAUGUUGCUAUCUCUGCUACCCAUUUAUAUGUUGCUAUCUCUGCUACCCAAUUAUAUGUUACUAUCUCUGCUACCCAAUUAUAUAUUGCAAUCUCUGUUACCCAUUUAUACGUUACUAUCUCUGCUACCCAAUUAUAUGUUGCUAUCUCUUCUACCCAUUUAUACGUUACUAUCUCUUCUACUCAAUUAUAUGUUGCUAUCUCUGCUACGCAUUUAUACGUUACUAUCUCUGCUACCCAAUUAUAUGUUGCUAUCUCUGCUACCCAAAUAUAUGUUGCUAUCUCUGCUACCCAUUUAUACGUUACUAUCUCUGCUACCCAAUUAUAUGUUUUGUAUGUUGCUAUCUCUGCUACGCUUUUAUACGUUACUAUCUCUGCUACCCAAUUAUAUGUUGCUAUCUCUGCUACCCAUCUCUGCUACCCAGUUAUAUGUUACUAUCUCUGCUACCCAAUUAUAUGUUGCUAUCUCUGCUACCCAUUUAUAUAUUACUAUAUCUUCUACCCAAUUAUAUGUUGCUAUCUCUGCUACCCAUUUAUAUGUUGCUAUCUCUGCUACCCAAUUAUAUGUUGCUAUCUCUGCUACCCAUUUAUAUGUUGCUAUCUCUGCUACCCAAUUAUACGUUACUAUCUCUUCUACCCAAUUAUAUGUUGCUAUCUCUGCUACCCAUUUAUAUGUUGCUAUCUCUGCUACCCAAUUAUAUGUUGCUAUCUCUGCUACCCAUUUAUAUGUUGCUAUCUCUGCUACCCAAUUAUACGUUGCUAUCUCUGCUACCCAAUUAUAUGUUGCUAUCUCUGCUACCCAUUUAUAUGUUGCUAUCUCUUCUACCCAAUUAUAUGUUGCUAUGUCUGCUACCCAAUUAUAUGUUGCUAUCUCUGCUACGCAUUUAUACGUUACUAGCUCUUCUACCCAAUUAUAUGUUGCUAUCUCUGCUACCCAAUUAUACGUUACUAUCUCUUCUACCCAAUUAUAUGUUGCUAUCUCUGCUACCCAGUUAUAUGUUGCUAUCUCUGCCACCCAUUUAUAUGUUGCAGUCUCUGCUACCCAUUUAUACGUUGCUAUCUCUGCUACCCAAUUAUAUGUUGCUAUCUCUGCUACUCAUUUAUACGUUACUAUCGCUUCUACCCAAUUAUAUGUUGCUAUCUCUGCUACCAAGUUAUAUGUUACUAUAUCUGCUACCCGACAAAAAAAAAAUCACAACCUCUGCCUUUUAAUCUUUCCUUCCUUCCUUUCUCUCUCUCUCUCUCUCUCUCUCUCUCUCUCUCUCUCUCUCUCUUUUAAGGAAUGCACGUUCAGAUGA